AAUAUAUAGAUAAUUAGAGAAUCCGCGAAACAAACCGUUGAGCUCCUAUGCUGUUAAUUUGAAUCGAUCUCGCAGGUACCGCCAAUCGCCAAACAAUUCGUUUCUAUGGGAACCGUGGAAGGUAAUUGCGUCAUUUGCUGACGUCACAGACCAGUAGCUUAUUUAAAGCCUGCACGCUGCACAUCUGUAUAGAGCCACUUGCAGUUUGUAUCUUAUAUUGUUUGACAACAGCUGUACAUCUGAUUAUCAGAUUUCUUUUGAUUUGUCAGCAUUAGAAACACACAUACAAUGGCUACUAACUACAGAGAGGUGUGUUUGGAGAUAUACUUAAACGGUGAAUUUUACAGCGGUGACAGUUGCUGGGUACCAGAUGGGGAAGAUGUGGAGUUGGAGUUUCAGAUCACCGAUGCCAUCUACGACCUUAUCGGUACCGAUCCAUCGGCACAGAUCCAUCUGGAGCUGCAGGCUGAGGCUGAUGAUCCCAUCUCAGUCAGUUACUGCGCUUCAGAGGGGAAUGUUGUGCAGCUUGUUGCUGAUGAGAUCAAGACAACAUCAGUCUGUGAAUGUGGAGCGAAAGAGAAGCAGCUGGAGACGGACGUCAAAAAUGUCGUCUCAGAGUUGGUGUCACGGGUGUGUGAAGGUCUGACUGACCCGGCAGGGCCUUCAACCGAAGUGGCAGAGAGCAGCAGUGGCAUGGGUGCUUCUCUUGAAGCCCCUGAGAUCCGCCCAACAGAAAGUACCAAUGGGUGGAUGAACACAAUUGGCACAUUCUUAAAAAGGCUUUUCUGGAGGGAUCCGGCUGUUCCAGAGCCAGUGUGUGUCACAGAUGCAAGCACAUCUGAAAUGGAUCUGGUCGAUACCGAGCAAUCACGUGUCCCAUUUCCUAGUGUUCCUGAGCCAGAACCUGAACCAGAGGAGUCAACUGUCCCAGGUCCAAGCAGUUCUGAGCCAGAACCUGAAUUGGAUCUGGCUGAUCCAGAGGAAUCUUGUGACCAGGUUCCAAGAGUUCCUGAACUGGACCUGGUUGAUCCAGAGUCAGAUGUCCCAGGUCCAAGCAGUUCCGAGCCAUUAAGUCAGGAGGUUGACGAUGAUGAUGCCAUCUCAGAUUUGAAGAGCCCUACACUGGUGUCUGAAGAUCUGAAGAUGGACGCUUCUCCUGAAACCCCUGAAGAGAACAGCCCAAAAAGUAAAUAUCAACAGAGCAUUUGA